CGCCAGGGCGGAGCUUGGCGCUGUUCUAGCGGCUGGGUUGGUGAGGCGGCGGAAAGCUCCUCAGGGGUCUUGAUUCACCGAGUGACUUUGAGCUGCGAGCAGCGCGUAGCUUGUGAUCCCGCCGCGCUUGACUGUCCAGGAACUUGGUGAGAGUUUCAGUAGAUGGCACUGUUUGUGUUCCAACCCGUGUGUAUGCCAGAGGGCUCAGUGUAAUUCCAGGCUCAGAAUAUUGCGUGUCAGCCAGCCAGCCAGCCAGCCAGCCAGCCACACACUUAAUGAUUCCCAAACUCUCGUGGACCUCUGAAGAAGCACCAUGGUGGUCGUGAUCCCCAGGCUGCUGCGAGGCUCUGUGGGCGCCAUCUGCACUCAGGCGGCUCCGCUGAGAUUGACACCCAGUGCUUUGCGCCACCUCACUAGGAGCAGUGUAAUGAAAUCCAAAAGGAGACCUGAUCACUUGGAGAGAACCGCAGAUGUCGUUCGCCAGGAGGUCGUUUCCGCAGCCAAGGUGUGUGGAGUGGCCAGCGAGUCCCCUUCGGUGAAGAGGCUCCGCCUGCUCGUUGCUGAUAAAGACUUUUCUUUUAAGGCCGGCCAGUGGGUUGAUUUCUUUAUCCCAGGAGUCUCUGUGGUUGGUGGGUUCUCAAUAUGCUCCAGCCCUAGAUUGCUGGAACAAGAGAGAAUGAUAGAACUGGCAGUGAAACAUACAAACCACCCUCCUUCUCUCUGGAUUCACAAUCAGUGCACCCUGGACUCCGAGGUGGCUCUGAGAGUCGGGGGGCAGUUCUUCUUCGACCCGCAGCCCUCGGACGCCUCCAGAAACCUCGUGUUGAUCGCAGGAGGCGUCGGGAUUAACCCCCUGCUUUCCAUCCUGCGGCACGCGGCCGACCUCCACAGAGAACGGGCGAGCAAGGGGCAGGGGUAUGAGAUGGGGACAGUCAGACUGCUCUACAGCGCGAAAGACACCAGCGAGCUCCUGUUCAAGAAAAAUAUCCUCGAUCUAGUAAAUGAAUUUCCUGAGAAGAUUGCAUGCAGUUUGCAUGUUACAAAACAGACUACCCAAAUCAGUGCAGACCUCAGACCAUACAUCACGGAAGGAAGAAUAACGGAGAAGGAGAUAAGGGAUUACAUUUCGAAAGAGACCUUGUUCUACAUUUGUGGUCCACCUCCCAUGACAGACUUCUUCUCCAAGGAGCUAGAGAGCAGCCGCGUCCCCAGAGAGCACAUCUGCUUUGAGAAGUGGUGGUAGGGGCGGGCGGGGCUGGGAGAAGGAGGCAGACAGAGGUCCCCGAGGCCUGACACUCAGGAUGCUCUGUGGUUCGGGUCCAUGAUUUACCUCUGCCCACUCUUACUUUUUAAGGCUGUGGACUCUGCCCAGUUGGAGAAACAAGAAAAAUCAGCUGACAGACUUAAAUGAUAAACUUGUUGCAAAAACUUCCUUAAUUAAACUGAUUUUUACUACAUUGACUUUCUCUUAUGAAUAACUGAUUAUCUCAUGGUGUACCUUGAAUUGGUCAAUACAUAUUUUAUUUCCCCUUAAGGGAAAAAAAGACACAUCCACAUCCUUCAACCAUGUGAAAAUACAGGUUUUGUGUGUGAAAUGUAGGUUCUUUAAAUUAUUUGACAGCCACCUAUGUAUCUUUUGUUGAAUAAACUUAAAUGUAAUUUCA